UGUCGAGCAUCAUCAGUUGCUAGUAGGUCGUGUCGGUGUAAGGUUCAGCGUUCGAAGAAACCGUGCGUAAUUAAUGUGACUUUCGGAUUCGAUACUUUUUUUUUGCUGGUUACCUACAUCAUCUCCACUUCCCAGUGAUAGACGAAUACCUCAACCAUUAACGCAGCGAACACCUCAUCUACGAAAAACGCCAUCGAUUGCGAACGAACAGUUUGCAUACUACUUAAGCCCAGCUCUAACUAUAAAUCGACGUCCCAGUUGGUGUACUUCAGCAUCACAGUUAUCCAAAUCUGCUUAAACCAAUCGAUCAUUAGUGUUUUUGUUUUACCUGAUCUAUAUUAAGUUUAGUCUGCUCGAUAAGUGAUACAACUAUAGGAAAAGUUUAUAUUUUUACAAAUUUUACAAACCGCGCACCUCUACUUAGCAUAAGGAACAGACACUAAUAUCGCCAUCACCAUGUCCAUGUGCGGUGCCCAAAUUGCCUUAAAAGCCUUCAAAAGGGCUCCCCGUGUCAGAAUUUGGUCCAUGACCAAGAAUGCUUAUUCUACAAAGAUAGAGUACAAGCCGAUUCGAUCCGUGCUGGUUGCGAAUCGUGGCGAAAUUGCCAUCCGUGUCUUCCGAGCAUGUAACGAACUGGGCAUUCGGUCGGUAGCGGUAUACUCGGAGCAGGAUAAAAUGCACAUGCACCGUCAGAAAGCGGAUGAAUCAUACAUGGUGGGCAAGGGUCUCGCACCGGUCGAGGCUUACCUAAGCAUUCCAGAGAUUAUAAGAGUUUGUAAGGAGAACGACGUCGACGCGGUGCAUCCCGGCUACGGUUUCCUUUCCGAGCGAUCCGACUUUGCCCAAGCCGUCAUCGAUGCCGGUCUCCGAUUCAUCGGUCCGUCUCCGAAGGUCGUGCAGCAGAUGGGAGAUAAGGUGGCCGCUCGCAAGGCAGCCAUCGAAGCCGGUGUUCCCAUCGUACCCGGAACUGAUGGUCCCGUAACGACCAAGGAAGAGGCUCUCGACUUCUGCAAGAAACACGGACUACCAGUGAUCUUCAAGGCUGCUUACGGCGGUGGUGGUCGAGGCAUGAGAGUGGUACGGAAAAUGGAAGAGGUUGAAGAUAACUUCCAGCGAGCCAGUUCGGAAGCUAAAGCAGCCUUCGGUAACGGUGCCAUGUUCAUCGAAAAGUUCAUCGAACGACCACGACAUAUUGAGGUACAGCUCCUCGGAGACAAGGCUGGCAAUGUUGUCCAUUUGUACGAACGUGACUGUUCGGUGCAAAGACGUCAUCAGAAAGUCGUUGAAAUUGCCCCUGCUCCACGGCUACCUCGAGAAGUACGUGACAAAAUGACCGAAUAUGCCGUCAAGCUGGCCAAGCAUGUUGGCUACGAAAACGCCGGAACAGUAGAGUUCCUCUGUGAUGAAUCGGGCAAUUUCUACUUCAUCGAAGUGAACGCUCGCCUCCAGGUAGAGCACACCGUUACAGAAGAAAUUACCGGUAUUGAUCUCGUACAAUCACAAAUCCGAGUAGCUGAAGGCAUGACGUUGCCAGAGCUUGGAUACAAUCAAGAAAACAUCAAAACUCAGGGCUAUGCCAUCCAGUGCCGUGUUACGACUGAAGACCCUGCCAAUGACUUCCAACCGAGUACGGGUCGUCUGGAAGUAUUCAGAUCUGGUGAAGGUAUGGGCAUCCGUCUGGACAGUGCCUCUGCUUACGCUGGUGCCAUUAUCUCACCAUAUUACGAUUCACUCCUGGUCAAAGUAAUUUCACACGCUUCCGAUUUGCAAUCAUCCGCUGCCAAAAUGAACCGAGCAUUGCGUGAGUUCCGUAUUCGCGGUGUCAAAACGAACAUCCCGUUCCUGCUGAACGUGCUGGAAAACCAGAAAUUCCUGAACGGUGUUCUGGAUACGUACUUCAUUGACGAGCAUCCCCAGCUGUUCCGCUUUGCCAAAUCCAAGAACCGUGCCCAGAAACUGCUGAACUACCUUGGAGAAGUGCUGGUUAACGGACCUACCACUCCCCUGGCAACAAAGCUGAAGCCUGCUGAAGUUCAGCCACAUGUUCCACAGUUGCCGUUGGAUUUGUCACCAGAAGCACUGGCAGCAGAGGAAAAGGGCAAAAAAGUAACUGAACCACCAAGAGGAUUCAAGGAUAUCUUGCGAGAACAAGGACCGGAAGGAUUUGCCAAGGCAGUUCGAGCUCAGAAAAAUCUUCUGCUGAUGGAUACCACUUUUCGCGAUGCCCAUCAGUCGCUUUUGGCUACCCGUGUCCGAACGCAUGACUUGCUGAAGAUUUCUCCAUAUGUAUCGCACAAGUUCAACAACCUCUACUCGCUGGAGAAUUGGGGCGGUGCUACCUUCGACGUUGCCCUACGUUUCUUGCAUGAGUGUCCGUGGGAGCGUCUGGAAGAUAUGCGCAAGCAAAUUCCAAACAUUCCAUUCCAAAUGUUACUCCGAGGUGCCAAUGCUGUUGGUUAUACCAACUAUCCAGACAACGUCGUCCACAAGUUCUGCGAGCUCUCGGUUCAAUGCGGCAUGGACAUUUUCCGAGUGUUCGAUUCUUUGAACUACCUGCCCAACCUGAUUCUGGGAAUGGAAGCAGCUGGUAAUGCCGGAGGUGUUGUUGAAGCCGCAAUCUCUUACACGGGAGACGUCAGUGAUCCAACCAAGAAGAAGUAUGACCUCAAAUACUACACCAAUCUUGCCGACGAAUUGGUCAAAGCUGGCACACACAUUCUUUGCAUCAAAGAUAUGGCUGGAUUACUUAAACCUCAAGCUGCCAAGCUGCUCAUCGCUGCCAUCCGUGAAAAGCACCCAGACGUUCCAAUUCACAUUCAUACUCACGACACAUCUGGAGCAGGUGUUGCAUCUAUGCUGGCUUGCGCUGAAGCCGGAGCUGAUGUUGUGGACGUUGCUGUGGAUUCGAUGUCCGGAAUGACAUCUCAACCCAGUAUGGGCGCUGUUGUUGCCUCACUGCAGGGAACUCCACUGGAUACCGGCCUGAAUCUGCGUGACAUCAGUGAAUAUUCUGCUUAUUGGGAGCAGACCAGAACCUUGUACGCUCCAUUUGAGUGUACGACAACCAUGAAGUCAGGAAACGCCGAUGUGUACCUCAAUGAAAUCCCCGGAGGCCAGUACACCAAUCUUCAGUUCCAAGCCUACUCUCUGGGAUUGGGCGACUUCUUCGAGGAUGUCAAGAAGGCCUAUCGCGAAGCUAACCUGCUACUGGGUGACAUUAUUAAGGUUACUCCGUCUUCCAAGGUUGUUGGUGAUUUGGCUCAGUUCAUGGUACAAAACCAUCUUACGGCUGACCAGGUUAUGGAACGGGCCGAAGAACUCUCCUUCCCCAAGUCCGUGAUCGAAUUCCUGCAAGGCGCUAUUGGAACUCCUCAUGGUGGAUUUCCUGAACCAUUCCGUUCCCGAGUACUUAAAGAUAUGCCUCGUAUUGAGGGACGCCCUGGUGCUUCGUUGAAUCCAUUGGAUUUCGACAAACUUAAAAAAGACCUCCAAGAAUCUCACCCCGAUGUCUCAGACCGCGAUGUCAUGUCUGCUGCUCUGUACCCUCAAGUAACUAACGAUUACCUCAACUUCAGAGACUCCUUCGGACCAGUAGAUAAGCUGGAUACCCGCGUAUUCCUGACUGGGCCUAAGGUGGGCGAAGAGUUUGAAGUCACUAUUGAAAAGGGCAAGACGCUUGGCUUCAAAACUCUUGCUAUGGCAGAAGAUUUAACAUCGAACGGCGAACGAGAAGUCUUCUUUGAACUAAAUGGUCAACUGCGGUCGGUCAUGGUUCGCGAUAAGGAAGCCGUCAAGGAACUCCAUAUUCAUCCAAAGGCCACCAAGGGAAACAAGGAUCAAGUUGGUGCCCCGAUGCCUGGUUCCGUCAUCGAAAUCAAAGUAAAAGUAGGAGAUCGCGUCGAGAAGGGUCAGCCGUUGGUGGUGCUAUCGGCGAUGAAGAUGGAAAUGGUUGUUCAAUCACCACGGGCUGGUGUCGUGAAAUCGCUCGAUAUCUCCUCCGGCAUGAAACUGGAAGGCGAAGACUUGAUCCUCACGUUGGAAUAGAUUCUGCGAUCUUUUGGAUGAUUUGGACAGCAAAUGAACAAUUUACAAAAGACGUGCGGCUGCUAAGUUAUUUGAUGUGCGGUAUUGAAACAUUGAACAGGUCUUCGUUGAACAUUUAGUGGUUUAAUUUCAAGGGGGAAUGUACAUUUGGGUCGUUUUGUCGAGUAAUGUUAACGUGUUCUUCUGUAAGAAGCUUUUUUGUUAUAAAUAGAGAUACUACGCUUAUUUUUGAUUCAUGUUUUGAGUUGAAAAUACAGGUAAAUACUCAAAAUCAUA